CACACACACACACACACACACACACACGAUUUCCCCAGAUGACGUCACCGGCCACCUCCACUUGAAGGGGACACGCACACACAACACAACAGCGGCUGCAGUAGCAGCAGCAGCAGCGAUAUGGCUGAUCAUCACCGACCCGGGCGGCUCUGCUUGUGAGCCCAAGUCAGGAGAAAAAUGCGUCACAGCUGGCCGCCCAUGCACCCUCUCAGGCGGUGGGACGCGGCGUAAGAGAUCCUGCAACAACACUUUACCGACGGCCCAUAGGCUGCGUGCUGCGUUUUGUUGCAAAGUAGUUGCUGGACUCGUCGCAGUGGAUCAAGUCGAGCGUGCUCCGGCGUGGAUUACCAUACACGAGGGGAACAAUAGUCUGCCACAGCGGAAGUAGGACCAGGCCUCCGGGUGCUGGUGUUGCACCUGAGAACAUGGACCGGAUGAAGAUCAUCAAACGGAGGCUGUCCAUGUCUUUACGCAGUGCUCGACCUGUUGAUGAUUCCCUGUCUGAACUGGCGGAGCAGAUGGCUUUGGAUGAGUCAUCAACAGUCAGGGAUAAGGAGCUGAUGGUAGUGAGCGGCAUGCAUCCUGCCUCCCAUAGUGCUCCUUCCUUCCUGCGUCAGUAUGCCGGUCAUCUGGGCCACACUGCCCUGCGCAGAGAGCCCGGUGGGGGGCUGGAAAGAGACAGAGCCUAUUUAAGCCUCUACAGGACUGGAUCUCUGGGUAUCGUCCAUGAGAAUGUGAAGAUGGGCUCAGAUGGCGAGAGCGACCAGGCUUCCGGAACAUCUUCCGAUGAGGUCCAGAGUCCUGUAAGAGUCCGUAUGAGGAACAACCACCAUCGACGCAUCUCUAAUGAGGACAUAAACAAACGUCUGUCUCUCCCAGCUGAUAUCAGGCUACCGGAGGGCUACUUAGAGAAGUUUGCCAUGAACAGCCCGCCCUUUGACAAGCCCAUGAGCCGCAGGCUACGACGCGCUUCAUUGUCUGAAAUCGGCUUUGGGAAACUUGAGACCUACAUCAAACUGGACAAAUUAGGGGAGGGAACAUAUGCUACAGUUUUUAAGGGGCGAAGCAAACUAACAGACAACUUAGUGGCUCUGAAAGAGAUCCGACUGGAGCAUGAAGAGGGUGCACCUUGCACAGCCAUCAGAGAAGUGUCUCUUCUGAAAGACUUGAAGCACGCCAAUAUUGUCACUCUCCAUGACAUUAUCCACACUGACAAGUGCCUGACACUCGUGUUUGAGUAUCUGGAAAAAGAUCUGAAGCAGUACAUGGACGACUGUGGGAGCAUAAUGAGUGUACACAAUGUCAAGAUUUUCUUAUUCCAACUGUUGAGAGGCCUGGCGUACUGUCAUCGAAGGAAGGUUCUACACCGGGACCUUAAACCCCAAAACCUCCUCAUCAAUGAGAAAGGAGAGCUGAAACUUGCAGACUUUGGUUUGGCCCGUGCCAAGUCUGUCCCCACAAAGACCUACUCAAACGAAGUAGUGACAUUAUGGUACCGACCUCCAGAUGUGCUUCUAGGCUCCACUGAAUACUCUACGCCCAUAGACAUGUGGGGUGUGGGCUGCAUCUUUUAUGAAAUGAUAACAGGCAGGCCACUGUUCCCCGGAUCCACUGUGGAGGACGAACUUCACCUCAUAUUCCGCAUCCUCGGCACCCCGACAGAGGAGACCUGGCCUGGUAUCAGCACCAGUGAAGAGUUUAAGACGCAUAAUUUCCCCAAAUACAACGCAGAGCCGCUUGUGAACCAUGCUCCCAGGAUAGACAACGAUGGUCAUGACUUGCUCUCGGUGCUUCUGCAGUUUGAGGCAAAAAAGCGCGUGUCGGCCGAGGAUGCCCUCCGACACGCGUAUUUCCGAACUCUUGGCGAGCAGGUUCAAACCCUGGCUGACACUGCCUCGAUCUUCUCCAUAAAAGGCAUUCAGCUCCAGAAAGACCCAGGGAAGAGAUCUUCAGCCUGCCAGGAGUCAACCAUGGCCCAUAAGCUAGGCUCCGCACCCUCGCAGUACUUCCAGAGAGAAGCAGCCAAUCCCAGGCCUCAGAGUCACAAUCUCUCCUCCACUUCCACUGGCUGAGUGGCCGCUACCAUUCUGCUCAGGGGAAGGGCAGACGGCAGAGUGUGUUGUUCUAGUGUGUCGGAUGGCCCCAGAAGUGAGGAGAUCUACGACCGGAGGAGCAGUGCUAUCAGACACAAACAUUCUGUGACCACACCACGCGCAUUGAAGGAGCGACACACUCUCACUCAAAGACGAAAAAUGAUUCCCAUGUCCACAUAGAAACAUGAACAGAUCUGGGACUAAAGAAUCCAUACGCGACAGACAUUCAGAUUCACGUUAACCCCCGAAGACAGAAAAAGGACUCUUCAAAAUGCGUGUGAUCACAAAAGUGGAAAGUGGGAGAGUUGGUGAUUCUCCCUGCUGCUAUUACCGCUGCUCUCCAGUUGAGGGCAGUGUUGAGGUGGGCCAGAACAGAACUUGAACUGUGAAGAAGGCGCAGGUGUGACAGUGGGCCUGUUUCAAAAAUGAACUUUCUUACUACACUAAAGUCUCAUCCCACUCUUCUGGACUGUUGCUGUACAUAAACAGACUGCGCUGUUCUCUAUUGUCAUGAAAUGCCUCAGCCUCAAUCCAAACUCAAAAUAUUGCACCUCCCCUUGGCCCUUAAUUAUAUGAUCACACACACACACACACACACACACAUACAAACUAGCUUGAACUCGCUAGCUCCAUGCUUCUUACUUUUCUGCACACACGCUUUUGUUUCACUUGAAAGUCCGAAGUGUAUAUCAGCGUGGGUUGACACAGAUUACAUUUUUAGCACCUUACUGUCCACUAUAGGUCAGGGACACUGUCAAAUACUGUACCUCAUCUCUCAGAGUUGGGUUAUAAGUAUGCAUCAGAAAGUAGAGUGAUGAUAACUCUAAAUGAUGAACCAAAAAAAAAAAAAAUCUGAUCAUUGAAAAUAUUAGGUCACUAUAAUCUUGGACACCGUAAAGCUCCAGUCAAUACCUUGUAAGGACAAUGAGUAAAAGAAAGUGUACAAGUCCUCACCUGCUUAUCCUUAGAUGCCCCCUUUGCCUUGACUCACAAUUUAUUGUGUGUGAUUUUACCGGCGUUGUUGUGGAACUGUUCUUUGCACCUAAUUUUACCUCUGGAUCACCAGUUGAUGAUUCAACAGCCCCAUUCCUCUCCAAGACCAGCUCCAAGUGCAGUGUCUAUUUUUACACUUGAUUUUAUUCCUAUUUGUAUAUAAGAUCUUAGUUUGUACUUCUCAGAAGCAAUGGUAUUUCCAACAAAUGGUAUUUCUCAGUCUUUGCUGUGCUCCCGCUGUAAUAGUUGGCGACUGGCUGGGAACGUGUUGCACAUUCCUUGAGCUCAGGACUUAAUUGCUUCUGUCAUUCUGUGGGUGCUGCAAGGUGGAGGCUGAAGCUCCAUGAAUCCCCUUUAGAGCAGAAUAUGUUGCCCUGAAAUCCCCUUGUAAGGCUUAAGAAGUAUCUUUCCACAUUGAUGUGCCAGUUCUUUGUGUUCCUCGUUUUGUUUUUUAGACUCCGAUGAGACUAUCAAGUGUACGUAUAGUCAAAACCAUCUUAAAGCAUGCUUGUGUAUUGCGCACGCUCAUGUUUCCAGGUGGUAUGUGAAAUUGCUGGAGAAGAUAUGUCACCAGAUGAGUCCAAUGUUUGCAUGGCACGUGAGCUAAUAAUCAUCACAUGAGCAUUGACCCCAACGAUAUCAAUGAAAAUAGGAUUCAAUAACAAUGUGAUGCCGUGCUUCAGCACCAAAUGAUAACUUGAGAGCAUCAAGUGCAGUAAUAGUCUGUUGAAGCAGAUCAUUUGGUAGUUAGCGGUAGUGAUGGGAAAAUGAAGCUUCAUGAAGCACAGACAUUUUUUGACUCCUUUAAAAUGUGCUCUUGAUUUAAAGACAAAAGGCUCGUGCAAUGGAAAUUUAUUAAACUUCCACUGCAUCUUCAAACCAAGAGUGCUAAAAUGAUCACAAGUGUUUCAUGAAGCUUCAUUUGUCCAUCACGAGUUAGUGGGACUUGAAGCACUCCGACACAAUGUUGUUUUGAAUUUCUAGCUGCCACAAACCUCCAAGCGCACAACCGUUUCACACACCAGUAAACUUGUGUGUCAACAUGUACUGUAUCGCUGAGAUGGAUUAUGGCUAUUGAUUGGAGUGUCGCGGCGUUCUGGCGCUGACCUCGGACCAGAGACUGGCGUGUCGCGGUCUUCUGGCAUUGACCUUGGAUCAAUUCGGAGUGAGAGGCGAUCCCAGGUCUGUGCCUAGUCAGGACUACUCCACCUAGUGCGUGGCAGUAUGUAGCAUGUACAUAGAUGAUCGCUCACUUUGUAUAUAUAGGGAAGUGUUUAGGUUUGAUACAGCUAUUCACAUUCUGCCCUUUUUGUGUUUCUUUAAUGAAAGUCAUAGCAAUAUUUCUGUAAUCAAUAAAAAGCCAAGGUAGGGUGUAAUGGGGUGAUUGAUUAUUUAGAGUGGUGACUGAAUGAUUAAACUGUGAGACUUGACAAAGAAAGCGACAAGGAGGUUCGUUUUUGCUGUGUAACAUGCAAACGGGUUUAAAAAAGGUUGGCACUUCUACAGGGUCGCUAAAUACACCCAGAUUAUUUGGGGGUGUUUUUGCAGUGAAAGCCAUACUAGUGGUCAUAAAGUGAUGAAAAUCUGGUUGUGCAGAGUGGUUUCCUUGAAGAGAAAAAGAGAUGUGUACAUCAAGUUCAAAAUAAAACUUCUGUUAUUA